UGCAGGGCAGGGGUGGUAUAUCCUGUCUGACCGAGGGCGGGCCCUGCCAGUGCCUGGAGACGGACGAGCCAGGGUGGAGGCGCCAGGAGCAGCUGCCGGGAGUCUUCACGCGGACCACUCACUCUAUGGCCAUAGGGAGUCGCUGAGAGCGACAAGAGCACGCUCCCGCCAGCUCGCUGCACCGCACCUCGCCCGCGCCUCUGCUCUCCAGGUCCCGGCCCGCGCACCUUCUGCCACCAUGAACCACUCCCCGCUCAAGACAGCCCUGGCAUACGAAUGCUUCCAGGACCAGGACAACUCCACGCUGGCUUUGCCGUCGGACCAAAAGAUGAAGACGGGCACCUCAGGCAGGCAGCGCGUGCAGGAGCAGGUGAUGAUGACCGUCAAGCGGCAGAAAUCCAAGUCUUCCCAGUCGUCCACCCUGAGCCACUCCAACCGAGGUUCCAUGUACGACGGCUUGACUGACAACUACAACAACUAUGGGACCACCAGCCGGAGCAGCUACUACUCCAAGUUCCAGGCAGGAAAUGGCUCGUGGGGCUAUCCGAUCUACAAUGGGACCCUCAAGCGGGAGCAGGACAACAGGCGCUUCAGCUCCUACAGUCAGAUGGAGAACUGGAACCGGCACUACCCCCGCGGGAGCUGUACCACCACUGGUGCAGGCAGUGACAUCUGCUUCAUGCAGAAAAUCAAGGCGAGCCGCAGCGAGCCCGACCUCUACUGCGAUCCCAGGGGCACCCUGCGCAAGGGCACGCUGGGCAGCAAGGGCCACAAGACCACCCAGAAUCGCUACAGCUUUUACAGCACCUGCAGCGGUCAAAAGGCCAUCAAGAAGUGCCCCGGGCGCCCACCCUCUUGCACCUCCAAGCAGGACCCAGUCUAUGUGCCACCUAUCUCCUGCAACAAGGACCUGUCCUUUGGCCACUCAAGGGCCAGCUCCAAGAUCUGCAGUGAGGACAUCGAGUGCAGCGGGCUGACCAUCCCCAAGGCUGUGCAGUACCURAGCUCCCAGGACGAAAAGUACCAGGCCAUCGGCGCCUACUACAUCCAGCACACCUGCUUCCAGGAUGAAUCUGCCAAGCAACAGGUCUAUCAGUUGGGAGGCAUCUGCAAGCUGGUGGACCUUCUCCGCAGCCCCAACCAGAAUGUCCAGCAGGCUGCUGCGGGGGCCCUGCGCAACCUGGUGUUCCGCAGCACCACCAACAAGCUGGAGACCCGGAGGCAGAAUGGAAUCCGUGAAGCCGUCAACCUCCUGAGGAAGACGGGGAGCACCGAGAUCCAGAAACAACUGACUGGGCUGCUCUGGAACCUGUCUUCCACUGAUGAGCUGAAGGAGGAGCUGGUGGCCGACGCUCUGCCUGUGCUGGCCGACCGGGUCAUCAUCCCUUUCUCGGGCUGGUGUGAUGGCAACAGCAACAUGUCCCGAGAAAUGGUGGAUCCYGAGGUCUUCUUCAAUGCCACGGGCUGCUUGAGGAACCUGAGCUCUGCGGACGCAGGCCGCCAGACCAUGCGGAACUACUCGGGGCUCAUUGACUCCCUCAUGGCCUACGUCCAGAAUUGUGUGGCAGCUAGCCGCUGUGAUGACAAGUCCGUGGAGAACUGCAUGUGCAUCCUGCACAACCUCUCCUACCGCCUGGAUGCCGAGGUGCCCACCCGCUACCGCCAGCUGGAGUACAACACCCGCAACGCCUACACGGAGAAGUCCUCCACCGGCUGCUUCAGCAACAAGAGCGACAAGAUGAUGAACAACAACUAUGACUGUCCCCUUCCUGAAGAAGAAACCAACCCCAAGGGCAGCAGCUGGCUCUACCACUCGGAUGCCAUUCGCACCUACCUGAACCUCAUGGGCAAAAGCAAGAAAGAUGCCACCCUGGAGGCCUGCGCAGGUGCCCUGCAGAACCUGACGGCCAGCAAGGGGCUGAUGUCCAGUGGCAUGAGCCAAUUGAUUGGGCUGAAGGAAAAGGGCUUACCGCAAAUCGCCCGCCUCCUGCAAUCUGGCAACUCAGAUGUGGUCCGCUCCGGGGCCUCCCUCCUGAGCAACAUGUCCCGCCAUCCCAUGCUGCACAGAGUGAUGGGGAACCAAGUGUUCCCAGAGGUGACCAGGCUCCUCACCAGCCAUACUGGCAACACCAGCAAUUCCGAAGACAUCUUGACCUCAGCCUGCUACACCGUGAGGAACCUGAUGACCUCACAGCCCCAGAUGGCCAAGCAGUACUUCUCCAGCAGCAUGCUCAACAACAUCAUCAACCUGUGCCGCAGCAGUGCCUCACCCAAGGCUUCAGAGGCUGCCCGGCUCCUCCUCUCUGACAUGUGGUCCAGCAAGGAGCUGCAGGGUGUCCUCAGACAGCAAGGCUUCGAUAGGAACAUGCUGGGAGCCCUAGCCGGGCCCAAYAGCUUCAGGAACUUCACCUCCCGAUUCUAAGAAGAGAUUGUCCAAGCAAGUGCAGCUUGCAGAAAGAUACGACCUAUAUGAGAAGACCUCAGGCCUUGCUGGAUGGGUUGUUCUGUCCAUCCUGUGCAGUAUUUGGAAAAGUUCGAGRGCAACUGAGAACAAACCUGAAAACUGUGGAUGAUGGAGAUAUUUUUAGAUUCUUUUUUUUUCCUUGGGGAAUUGGCAGGCAGUGGGGGGUGGGGAGGUUGGGGGGGGGACUUUCUUGAGUUAAAUGGGCUUACAUCUGAUGUCAAUACUUCCUUCUCUGAGA